CCAGCCCAACCACAGACUCCGAGUAACUGGAUGGACAUGAACCGUUUGGGGAAAGCUCACAGUGCCUCCAAUAAUAGAGAUGGCCGUCUGAACACAGAAUGUGAAAUCAAUAACCGCUCAGCAGCCAACCUCCGCUGUCUCAAUGUCCCUUCAUUCAUAGAAUGCCAAUUCAAUCGGGACAGGCCUUGUGAUGGUGUUAAAGAUGAGGGUGAUGAUGAGGCACUGGAGGAAGAUGAUGGGGCAAGAGGAGGCAGAGACUGUGACGGUUCAGGCUCCAGUCGUAGAAGCAGUCUAGGUGGUGACACAGAUUAUGCUCAGAAAGUUCGUCGUCUUCAAACAGCCAAACAGAAACUCCGACAACUCCAAGAACUGGUGGCCAUGGUGCAG